AUGACAUGUAGGAGUUCUCACACCUUCCACAUGAAAAAUUCCUACGAGGGUUCUCUGCGUGCCAUUGAGCCUUAUGCCGUUUGUGUUUCGGCUCCUCUCUCUGAUCGCUCAUUGUCUUCUCAUCUGCUGGAAUAUCGUGCUCGGUUCCUCUUUCUCUCUUUCUUGUCGUGGAGCUCAAGUUUUGUGUGUGACGAGUCUGAGUUGGUGAUUACUCUAUUUAUGGUGCAGGGAAUCAAUCCAUAUUUGGUAGUGGUUUAUAGUUGUGUAAUUGAUCCAUGGGGAUUGUUAACCUCACUUUCUGAGUCAGCUUCAUCAACGCUCACGCACUUGUGGCGUGUUAGCCAUGUCUUGCUUCAGAAACCCCUCUUUCAUUUGUCGAAAACACAAAGUUGUGGCUCAUUGUCAUAUUUAUUUUUGUUCUCUCCACCAGUAUUUUUCUUUGCUUGCAACCUUGUUAUCUCCUUCGUUACUUUUCUUAUAUUUAUCGGCUUUGGAUCUGAAUGA